AUGGAUCAUGGUAUAGAGAAGCGAGUCACGACGAUGAUUGAUCAAAGACGGCUAAACCAAUCUGGUUCAUCAUCACUUUUCAGCGCGUUUGCGAUCAGCUUUUUAACUCUGAUCGUGGUUACCACGUUGACUUUGGUUCUAGUGUCUAAUUUUUCUAUGCAACCGCAGAGAGAUUUCUCAGAGGUGAAGAUAGAGAUCAAGAGAGUGAUGAUUCCAAACUUACCUCUGAGCUCUGAGAAGGAAAGUAAAAGCAAUUAUCCGACCAAACAGGAGACAAAAACGAUGAUGACUUCUCCUAACAAGAACAUGGCAGUGAACGACAAGCUCAAAGUCAUUGAGGAUCUCAGCGGAAAUAACUUGUCAGACAAGUUUCAAAAGAGGGUAAUUGAGUUUAUCGAUGAUGGAUAUUGUGAAGUCAACUUCGUCAUGACAUGGAUCUCACCAGCAGAGUUCUUCAGCAAGAGAGAGGCUUUAGCUAUUGAAAGUGUCUUCAACUCUCAUCCUCGUGGCUGCUUGAUGAUCCUAUCGUCAACCAUGGACUCUCCUCAAGGUUACACAGCCUUGAAGCCGUUUCUUGAUCGUGGCUACAAAGUUCUUGCAGUCACGCCGGAUCUGCCUUUUCUACUCAAAGGAACCGCCGGAGAGUCAUGGCUUGAGGGAAUAAGGACAGGGAAAAUAGAUCCCGGAAAGAUAUCUCUAGCUCAGAAUCUGUCAAACCUCAUGAGGCUUGCUUACUUGUACAGAUACGGAGGUGUUUACUUAGACACAGACAUGAUUGUUCUAAAAAGCUUCAAAGGGCUUAAGAACGUGAUCGGAGCUCAAACUUUUGAUCCUUCAUCGACAAACUGGACGAGACUGAACAACGCAGUGCUAAUAUUCGACAAGAAACAUCCUCUCUUACUCAAAUUCAUCGAAGAGUUCGCUAACACUUUCGAUGGAAACAUAUGGGGACACAACGGACCGUACCUGGUCUCUCGAGUGGUUAAGGCCGUGGAAGGAUCUUGUUGCUUUAACUUCACCGUCAUGAGACCGUCUGCUUUCUAUCCUGUGAAUUGGAUCGAGAUAGAGAAGUUCUUCAAAGUGGCGAAGACAGAGAGAGAUUCCAAAUGGGUUAAGGUCAAGCUUCUUCAAAUGCAGAGGAGGAGCUUUGGGUUGCAUCUGUGGAAUAAAUUCAGCAGGAAGUUUGAGAUUAAACAAGGAAGUGCCAUGUGGAGAUUGGUAUCAGAUCACUGCAUCAUCUGUGAAAUUGCUUCUGCAUCAUCAUAG